AGGAACAUCACACGAAGGAGGCGCUCGACAUCUAAAUUACCUUGAACAGCUGCCGGCAGGAUUGUUGUGUUUUUCUGACGUUUUCCAUUUCAGCAUAACAUAGCAUUUUUUUUUUGUCUUUUAGGUGUCCCUGUAAGUCGCAGCCCUGCAUUCCAAAAAGGAAGACGAGUACUUUGCCAUGAGCUCCGACGGGGAUGGUGACAUGGAGAAUCAGGCUGAGCUGGAAGAAAAGACAAAGCUUAUAAACCAGGUGUUGGAGCUUCAGCACACUCUAGAAGACCUGUCGUCGCGUGUGGAUGCGGUGAAGGAGGAGAACCUGAAGUUGAAGUCUGAGAACCAGGUUCUGGGUCAGUACAUUGAGAACCUUAUGUCUGCCUCCAGCGUGUUCCAGACCACUGACACCAAGAGCAAACGAAAAUAAGGGACUAGACAAGAACCGCCACUACCCUCCUAAACCAACCCCCCUCUACAUUCAGCCCUCCUAACCCAAAUACCACCUAAUAACCCCCCUGAACUACAGCUGGUAGAGUUUAUGCCUUUGUCAUCAUGACAACCCUAGCCCCUCCCCUCACCACCUUUAAGAUUUCUACAGUGAAGCUAAAUUGUUUACGUUGGCUUACUUUUUAGCUUUUCUAUUUGUUACAGUAUUAUUGUCAUUAUUAUACAGUUGUUGUAUCUGACAUGUUAUUUUUGGGUGUAUAUGUUUAUUAUCUGUUACUACACAUAACCUCACCUGCAGGAAGAGACAAAGGAACCGUGUCAUCGCUCUGGAUAAGAGCGUCUGCUAAAUGACGUAAAUGUAAAUGUAAAUUUCAGAUUUCCUAGUAGUCUAAAUAGGCUUUCCAGAAAUCCCGGUUGGAUUAUUCCCGGAUCCCUGCUUAUCCCCUUCUAACUGCAGGAAUCUUCCAACCAGGAUUUCUGGAAAACCCAGACAAUUCUGGAAAAUUUUGCAGCCCUGAGGGCUCUAUUCAAUCCCCAUCGCGGAAGUUCAGAUUAACAGCGUGAUUCAAAUUUAAAGGCAAUGUUCCGGCUUUAGCAGAGACCUGAAUAGAACCCUAAGCUUAUCAUGUUUUAAUAUUGUAUGUUUUAAUAUUGUUUGUCAUCAAUAUUAUUAGACUAUGCUUUUAGGUCUAGGCUCAAUUGCAAUGAUGAUUACUUCUCUCCACUGGCAAAGUUUUCAUCAAACACACAAGAUGUUAAAACAGAGUUCAGCCCUUGUAUUUUCUCAAAUCAAUUGUCAUUGAAUUAACCAUUUGGGGCUUGUGCAUAUGCAUCAAUGGUGGAAAAAGUUGAUUCAUUGCAUUUGUCAGCCAGUGGAAGUAACCCUAAACCUUGCUGUGUAGCCGUUGUGUAUAUUUGACUAUUAUGGUAUUUUAAAAUGCAUUUGUUUUAAUAAAACUGUUUUUUGAUUGAG